AUGCCCUCAGUAGCUGGUGAACAACAACAAGUUCCACAACAGGCAAAUUCCAAGCCAGUGUCUGCUUUUAGACAAUCCGUUACUUCAAUUACAAGCAAAAAUAAAUGGGUAUCACCAUUUAGACAACAUCAACAUGAACAACAAUCAAAUCCAACCGUUAGAAUUGGAAAAUCUGAAAAAUUGAAAAGAGAAGAAGCUGAGCAAGCAGCAGCAGAAGCAUCUUCAACUUCAACUACAACUCCAGCAGCUAAAAAGCAAAAAUCUAACACAUCUGAACCAAUCAAUCCUUCAAUUGACCCAAAAAUUUUGAAACAAAAACAAGCAGCAUUACAACAACAAGCAGAAACUUCAACUAGUAAGAAAAUUAGAAAUGAAGAUAAACUUAUCGAUCUUGGUGGUGGUUUGAAAAUGAGUCAAGCAGCAAUUGACAAAAUCGCCAGAGAAAGAUUAGCUAAAGAUCUUGAAGAUAUUGAUACAAAAGCUUCAGCUCAAGCUAAGUUAAGAGAUCAAAGAUAUCAAAAGAAAUUAGAAUUACAAGCUUUGAAAGAAGAAAACAAAACCAAUUCAAAAUUUGCUAAAUUCAAAAAGAAGCUUGAUUUGGAAAAAAAGAACAUUCAAUCUGAACAUGAUAGAAAAGUUAAGGAGAUUGAAGCUACAAUCGCUAGUUUAGAUAAACAAAUUGUUGAUUUUGAUAAGAAGACAAAAGAAGAAAUCGAACAAUCAAACAAAGAUGCUGAAUUAGCAACUAAAGAAGCCGAAGCUAAAUUGUUUAAAGAUAAAGAAACCACUUCCAAAGAAGCAGCAAAUUUGGAAAAGGAAAAUUUACAAACCAUUCAUGAUCACCAAAUUGAACAAAAAAGAAGUGAAAUUACAACAAGAGUUUUACAUGCUAAACAAAGUGAAUAUGAACUAGAAUUAGAACUCUUAGAGUUGAAAUUAGCUCAAAGUAAAAAAGAAUUAUCUGAACAAACUGAAACUAAUACUGAGCAUACUGCUAUUAGAGAUGAAUUGGAAUCUAAGAUCGCUGCUACUAAAUCUGCGAUUUCUGAAAAUAGUGAAAAGAUCUCCAAAUCAAAAGCUAGUCAAUUGGAAUCCGCUAGAAGUUUGAAAUCCGCCGAAAGUGAAUUAGAAGCUUCAAAAGAUUCUGUUGAAUCAUUAAAGAAACAAUUAGCUGAUUUGAAAGCUGGUAAAUCUGACAGAGAUGCUAGAUUACAAGAAGCUAUUGCUAAGAGAAAAGCUUAUGAUGAAGAGCAAGAAAGAUUUCGUUUAGAAGCUGAAGAAAAGGCAAGAAUUGAAGCUGAAGAAAAAGCCAAACGUGAAGAAGAAGAAAGAAUUCGUAAGGCUGAAGAAGAAGAAAGAUUACGCAAAGAAGCUGAAGAAAAGAAGCGUCUUGAAGAAGAAGAAAGACAAAGAAAAAUUGAAGAAGAAGCUAAAUUAGCUGAAGAAAAGAAGAAAAAACAUGAAUUGGCUGUUGCUUCUUUUGGUGAUGACUUAGAUACUAGAAAAGCUAAGUUAGAUACUGAAAUCGCUGAGAAGAAAUCUAAUGGUGGCAACGUUGAUGAAAUUGCUUUAUUAGAAUUAGAAAGAAAACAUUUGAAUUCUUGGACCUAUGAAAAUCAAACCACCAAGGACAAAGAGCUUGGUGAUUCUUUGGUCAAAGCUAAAAAAGAUCAAGAAAUUAAAAACAAACUCGCAGAAAAAGAAGCAAAGAGAAAAGCUGCCAUUGAAGAAAAGGAAGCUAAAAAGAAUGCUGCUUUGAAAGCUAAAGAAGAAAAGAGAAAGGAAAAAGAAGCUAAAAAGAGAGGUUCUGCUAUUCCAGUUGCCGCUGGUGCUGCCGUUGGUACUGUUGCUGCUGGUGCUGCCGGUGCAACUGCUGCCGGUGUUUCUGCCACAGACAAAACUGCUUCUGGUGCUAAAGCUAUUGCUUCUGAAGCUUCAAAAGCUCCAACUUCAAAAUCAGCAGAACCAAAACCUAUUUCAAGUGGAGCAAAUACAGCUUCUACUUCUACUUCUGCUCCAGUUGCUAGAGAACGUCCAGCUUCUCCUCCAAAUGCUAAGAAAGGUGAAAGAAAAUCAAGAAGAAGCUCUUUUUUUGGUUUCUUCAAGAAGAGAAAUAGUGAUGAUUCAAUUUCACCAGUUCGUGACUCCAAAACCAAAGCUACAGCUGGCCCAUUAGGUGUUCCAACUACUACUGAUGCUGUUAAAGGCGCGGAAGAAUCUACUAAACCAGAAACUGAUGCUAAAGUUAAUGAUAGUGUCACCAAGGGCACUGAAUCAAAAACCAAAGCUUCAACUGGAUUAGCUCCUGCUGCUGCUACUGCCGCUGGUGUUGCAGGUACUGCUGCUGCUCUUGAUGUUACUGGUGGUGAUUCAUCUAAAGCUACUGGUCCUAUCACCGGUUCUUCCAAGGACUUGGAGGCUAAAGAACCUCGAGAUGUUGCUGGAGAACCAAAGAAUAUCACUACUGUUGAUAAAUCAACCCAAGUUGAACCAGAAUCUGCUGAAAAGACAACUGAAUUGGAUCAUGAAGCAAAUCCAGUUGUUUCUGGUAAAGCUGACGAAGAUGUCAUUGUUCCAGGUACACAUGCUGGUACUGCUACAAAUGAUAAUGCUGAAUUAGAUCCAAAAGUUAAUACCAAUCAAAUCAAAGAUUCAAACGAUUUUGGUGCUUCUGAUAUUGAAAAUGUUACUGGUAAAGAAUUUACUACUUCUAUUAUCAAAGGUGGUGAAGAUCCAAUUUUAGCUGUUAAAGCUGCUGAUCCAAACAUUAGCUUAGAAGAGAUCACAUUAGAGCAAGCAAAGAGAGAAGAAAAUGUUUUAGCUGUCGUUGCAGGUCAUGAUUCCACUCUUCAAGAAAUUAAGAGAAAUCAAUUAUACUCAGCUGGUCAAUCAAGUGCUCCUGUCUCUAAAGAUAGUGAUGCUGCUGGUUUUGAACAUUCAACUCACCCAGAUGCAACAACUGCCCCAACAACUGCUGGUUUAGCUGAUGAUACUACACAUACCAGUGAUGUUCCAGCAAUAGAAACCAAAAAUGCUAAUGCUUCUUAUUCAGUUCCACCUAUUGAAUCUUCAGAACCAAAACAUGCGUAUCAUGAUAAUUACGGUGCAGGAAUUGUUGCUGCUACUGGUGCCGCUGGUGCUGGUUACGCUUUGGGUCAACAUGCUAAUCCUGAUAGUGGCGUUGAAGUUGCUCCAAAAGAUACAGAUGAACUCUCUCCACAAGAAGCUUCUAACAUUUAUGAUGCUCAUCAUGGUGCAGGUGUUUUAGCUGCUACUUCUGCUGCCGGUGCUGGAUAUGCUGCUGGUCAUACUGAAGGUAGACUCCAACAAGAGCCAGUUCAAGCUCAAAAAGGUGUUGAAGCUACUCCAGCUGCCCCAGAAGACACUAAAGAACUCUCUUCACAACAAGCUUCUAAUAUUUAUAAUGCUCAUCAUGGUGCAGGUGUUUUAGCUGCCACUUCUGCUGCCGGUGCUGGUUACGCUGCUGGUGAUGCUGAAAAUAGAGCCCAACAAGGAUCAGCUCAAGCUCAUCAAUCUUAUCCAAAACAAGGUCAACAACAAAGAGGUCAUCAAGGUAGUUUUCCAUCUCAUAAUAAACCACAAAAUGCGUAUAACAAUACUCGUGAUGCAAUCAUCGGUGGUGCUACUGGUUUAGGUGCGGGUACUGCAGGUGGUUAUGGUGCUGCUAAAGCUAUCGGUAGAGAUAAUAGUGCUCCACAAAAUGCUCCAUCCCAACCUCAACAACAAUAUCAACAGCCUCAACAAAAAUCACAAGCCGUUGAUAUACCAGUUGCACAACAUCAAACCAAAGACGCUGAACCUAAAAAUAUAUCUGGUAUUCCAUCGGAUGUUGCUGCUGGUGUUUUAGCUGCCACUGGUGCUGCUGGUGCAGGUUAUGCUUUAGGUCAUAAAUCUGCUACAGAAUCAACAUCACCUAAACCAAAAGAAGAACAUAAAUUCUUAUCAAAUUAUGAAGAACCAAACCAAAGAACUUCAAUAGCAGCCACUGCUGGUACUGAAGAGUUGAAAGACACUGCUUCAAAACCAUCAACUAUUCCGGGUACCCAAAUUCCAGUUGAUUCCAAAGCAGAAGCCGAAUAUGAUGCUUCAUUUGCUCACCAAGCUCCAUCAUCUUCAGAAAAAGCUCCAGUUUCAAAAGUUGUAGCUUCAGGUAAAACUGCUGCUGCUACCACAACAGGUGCCGCUGCUGCUGCAACUACCACUACCGCUACUUCUGGUUUAGCUUCUACUAAAACUCAAAAAUCAACUGAACAAUCUCAAUAUCCAACAGGUACUUAUAGUGAACCUGGUUCUGUUGCUAUCCCAAAAUCUCAAAAAUUUGAAGUUGUUGGUGGUGAUCAUUUAAAACCAGUAUCUGAAGCUGAAUCAAAGCAAGAUACUCAUACUUCAAAAACCAAACCUGAAACCGGUGCUGGUGUUGGUGCUGGAUUAGGUGCUGUUACUGGUGCUGGUGUUGGUGCUGCUGGAUUAUCCAAAUCAACUGAUUCUACUGCUGAUGCUAAAGCUCCAACUUUGAAAGAUUCUAAAGAUACCGUCUCUAAAAAGGAUGAUGCUCCAUUGAACAAAGGUUCAUAUGUCGAGCCACCUGCUGUUUUGAUCCCAGAAUCACAAAAAUUCAAAGUUACUGAUACAUUUAAACCAGAAUCAAAAUCCACUUCAGCUGCUAUUGAUACCCCUUCAUCAACAAAAGCUGAUACAACUUCUGCUACAAAAGAUAUUAACAGUGAACCAAGCUCAUCAGCAAAAGACAAAAGCAUCGGUGCUGCUGUUGCUGCAACAGCUGCUGGUGCACUAGGUGGUGCUGCAAUUUCUAAUAAAGGUUCAAAACCAACUGAAUCAGAAAGAGAAUUAGAUUCUUCUGUUAAGCCUGAAAUUUUGACUGAUUCAUCAAUUGCUCCAAAAGUUAUCUCAGUUUCUGAACCACAUAAUAUUCCACCAGUAUCACAAGAAAAAACAAUUGAAUCAGAACCUAUCACCACAUCAGGUACUAAAACUCUAGAUCCAUUUGCUGCUGGUGAACCAACUGAAGAAAGCACUGAAGAUUACACCACCACUUCUCGUGAAGGUACUCCAGAACCAGGUGUUGCUGGUGUUGCUAUUGUUGCUCCAGGUUCUGCUGAAGGUACCCCAGGUAAAGGUAAGAAUGCUAAGAAAAACAAAAAGAAGAGAGAAGCUAAAAAGAAGAAGAAGGCAGUUUCUUCACCAGGUCGUGACUUAGAAAGCUCACCAGAACCAGAAGAUGUUUCAUUCAGCAACAUUGAUGAUGUUACAACCAAGAACGCCUCUACUGAACCAACCAAAGAUUCAACUUUAAGUGGUAUUGGUAGUACUGUUGGUGGUGCCUUAGCUGGUGCUGCUACUGCUGUUGGAUUAUCUUCAGCUGCUGGUAAUGAAUCUGACAAGAAAGCCAUUGAAGAAGAUGUUCUUCCAGGAUCUUUCCCUUCAUCUGGAGUUAAAUCAUUAGAUACCGGUGUUUCUACCACAGGCGAACAACCUGUUUCAAAAUCAUUGAAAUCAGAUAUUACAUCAGGCUCUACUUCUGCUGCAAAAUCUACAGGUGCUAGUGCUUACAAAGAACCUUCUGUUGUUGAAAUUCCAGAAGAUCAAAAGUUCUCUGUCGAAUCUGGUGUUUCUCAAAAGACACAUGAACCAGAAGUUACCACAGGUAAACCAGAAAAGAAAGAUUUAGGUUCUACUUUAGGUGCUACUGGUGCUGGUGCUGGUAUUGGUGCAGCUGUUUCAGGUGUUGCUGCUAAAUUAACCGGUGAUAAACAAGAAUCUACAACUGGUUAUCAACCACGUGAAGGUGUUGAAAUUCCAGAAGAUCAAAAAUUGAAAGUUCAACCAGGUGUUUCAAAAGAAACUCAUGCUAAGGAAUUAUCAUCAGAAAAAUCACCUGCUUCAACAUCCACCCCAGAUGAAAAACAACCAUCUUCAUCAGGUCCAGGAAUUGUUGAAACUGCUGCUAUCGCUGCUACAGGUGUUGCUUUAACAGGUGCUGCCGUCUUUGAAAGCACCAAAGAUAAAGUUGUCAAUGCAGUUUCUGGUGAAGCCAAUGAAGUUCAAGGUCUUGGUGCUACAUUAAAAGAUGCUAAAGCUGCUGAAAAUUUGGCCCAACACAAGGAUUCUAAUCGUGUUGAAAUUGUUGAUUCUGCUUAUUAUAGUACUUUAGAUCCAAAGAAUGCUGGUAAGAGAUUAUCUCAUAACAGUUCAAAUGAUGGAUCAGAAAAAGCAGACACUAAGAAAUCCGAAACUACUGGAUUAGGUAUUGGUGCUGCUACUGCUGGUGCUGGUGCCAUUGGUGCUGGUGUUGCUUCUGCUGUCGGAGGCGAUCAAUCUAAAUCUACUGAAAAAGAUAUUAAAGGUAAAGAAUCAGCUGCCGCCAUUCCAAAAGCUAAGGAUGAUGCUUCAAGAGUUAGUGAAUCUCAACCACUAGGCUCAAAACCAUCAACCACUGCUGCUCUUGGAUCUGCUGAAGUUGCAUCAAAACCAUCAACAACUAAAGCUGCUGCUUCUAAACCAACCACAUCUACUGCUUCUAAACCAGUUGUUAAAGAAGCUCCAAAAUCUGAAAAACCAGAAAAGAAAUUCUCAUUCAGAAAAUUAUUCAAAUCUGAUAAAAAAUCUUCAAAAGAUUCUUCUCCAGUUUCAACCGCAACUACACCAGUUAAAAAAUCAACUGAUAAAGUUACAAAAGAUACUGCUUCAACAACAAAAGCUGCUACAGGUGCUGCUACAGGAACAGCUGCUGCUGGAAUUGCUGCUGUUACUGCUGCUUCAUCAUCAAAACCUGAAACUAAAUCAGGUCCAUCAACUACCAAAGAUACCACAGUUAAACCAACUUCAACUGAAUCAACCUCAAAAGACAUUAAACCAUCAACUACUAAAUUAGGUGUUGAAUCUAAAGAUGUUAAACCAAGUACUAUUGCUGCUGGUACUUCAACUUCAUCAAAAGAACUAACCACCACCACCUCAAAAGAUAUUAAACCAAAAACUGAAGAAAUUGCUGCUUCUUCAAACUUAGGUUCUAAAUCAUCAACUACAAGUGAUUCAACUAAUGUCAAAACUUCUAAAACCCCAUUAGAUGAUAAAGCUCCAAUUAAAGAUACUAAACCAAUCGCUGCUGAAGGUAAAAGUUCUUUAAUUUCUGAAGAAAAGAAAAUUGAAUCAUCAAAAUCAGAUAUUGAUCCAUCAACUAAAGAACAAAUCACCGGUUAUGUUGGUGCUGGUUUAGCUGCUGCUGGCUUAACUGGUACUGCUGCUGCCAUUUCCGGUAAUCAAUCAUCAUCAAAUGAUGUUGAAAAAUCAACAACUAAUGCUACUGCUACUACUGGUCCUUCUACUACUGGUAAAGAUUCAUCUAUUGCUGCUUCAGGUGAACAAACCACUGGUAAAGAUGUCGGUGCUACUAGUACUACUUUAGAUUCAAAUGCUGCUAUUGAAUCUAAAGAUGUUGAUCCUCAACAAACUUAUGAUAAUGAUUCAUUAUAUUCAUAUCGUGAAGAAAUCGAUUAUGAAGAAGUUCCAGUUAAUGAAGAAGAAGAUGGAUUAUUAGAAAAAGUUGUUAAAGCUGCUGUUGAUUAUACAACUUCAAUUAUUUAA